AACUACGUGAGGGUUUAACAAUUUUGCGUAAUUCCUCGCGGUUUUUGUAAACAAUUAAUAUAAUAUUUGUUUUGUGUGAUAAAAUAUAAAUCAUUAUAAAACUAGUAACAUAUCUAAAGUCAUUGUUCGUGCUUUGUAAAAUUUGCUCAAAUGGCGUGCAAAGUCUUUUGGGUGCUGUUUACCAUAAUUGCUUUGAGCAGAACGGCAACGGCAAUAAAAUUGAAUUAUCCGCGUGUUUUACUUCCUAUAUUUAGCAAAAUUUCAGUAAACUUUACAUUAGAAGUUAUUGAAAAGGGAUGUUUUAAAUGGUCAUCAUCGCGACAAGAUUUGAUACUUAUCACUCCCUUAUAUGAAGACAUAGAGAGCGAGUGCUCCUAUCGUGCAAUGGUGACGGUAUUAACGCAUGAACCUCGUCACAAUGCUGCCAUUGUCUUGGCGGAGGAUGUCAGCACAGGUGAAAAUUUGCGGUGCGAUGUUAUACUCGACGUUAUUGAUAAAUUGGCAGUGCGCACUACGUCGCGCCAACUAUUCCUGGAGGAGGCGCCGGAGACGUUUGAGUUACGCGCAGAGGAUUCACAAGGCAACGAGUUCACAACGCUGGAAGGUAUUGAGUUCAGUUGGGUGAUUUCUUCAUUGAGCAGCCGUAGCGCUAAUAAAAAUUGGGCACCGGCUUUAAGGUUCCUGACUUUCAGUGAGAGCGCCUACCAUGUUGUGCCUCCGGCAUUGGAAAAAUUUGAGGCACAGCGUAUGAAAGGUUAUAUGGUGUUGUUAGAAGGCAUCAAUACAGGCACUGCCAAGGUUACCAUAAGUAUUCCUUAUCCGGAGUAUAGUCAUGUGCCAAAAAUGGAAGUCUACAUCAAUGUUUUGGCUAAUAUUAUUCUUGAGCCUUCAGAUGUGACUUUGCUUCCGGGUGAUACGAUUAACUUUCGUAUACUGCAAAUGAAAUUGGGUAAAUUACAGGAGAUUUCAUUGAACGAACAGUACUUUUUAGAAAUAGAAGAUAGCAAUGUCGCAUCAAUAAAUGGAAAUAGCGCCACCGCUUCAAAACUUGGCAAAACAGUAGUAGUUCUCCGCGACCGCAAUGCACCAAUCGACGAGGAGAGCAGUAAUUUAGAUAGCACACUUGUGAAAGCUUCAACGCCUAGUGCACGAGUGACAGUGGCUGAACCGGUACGUUUGGGCCUAAGUCUAUUGCCACACAAUAAUUGGAUUACAGUAGAGGGCGAAAAGCAUGAAAUAGCGCUAGAUUUGUACACAAGUGAUGAUCAGAAGAUUACACUGGGUUCGCGUUUCUCCAUGCAAUCUGAAUUGGAUGACGUGCUCUUUUAUAUAAUUUCCAAAAAUAAAAAUGGCAGCCGCAUAUAUGGUGAAGCUAUUCGUGAAGGUGUUUCACCAGUUUACGGUUCUUUCAAAGAGCUUACCGCCCAAGCAGAGUUGCAAAUUUUUAGUGAACUUUUCCUUUCGCCCAGCAAAGUUAUACUUCCCUUUGAUCCAAAUGUUAUAAAGACACAAAAAAUUCAAUUUCAUGCACGCGGUGGCGAUGGUUCUUUCACCUGGCACUCGCAAAAUCAACGUACAUUACAUAUUUCACAGUCAGGUCUCGCCAAUACAGUUAUACGACAUACGGAUAGCAAACGUUUACAGGCGGAUUCUUUGGAAGAAGGAUCUAUUCUUGCCACACAUGCCAGCAUUAGAGUUGCGUUGACAAAAAAUCCUAAAAUUACAAGGCAAGCAGAUAUAUAUUUCCUGCCACCUGUUAAAUUGGAAAUCUUAAAAUAUAACUUUGAAACAGCGCUGAAAGAUUAUGUGCGUCUGAAUAUUGCUAUGUACGCGUAUGCCAAUCAGACACUCGUUCCAUUUACGCGCUGUGAAAACCUCGUUUUCGAUUAUGAGUUUUCGAAUCAGAUCUUCCAAGUAGACUACAACGAGCAGACUACACAAAUGAUUGAUGAUGCCUGCCAGGUUAUACAUCUGCGCAGCACUGCCAUUGGUCUUACCAAUUUCCGUGUCUCAUAUAAAUUCCAAGAUAGAGUACUUAAGGACGAGGUAACGUUGAGUGUUUUUGAACCACUGUUAGUUAUAAAUCCAAGUGAAAAUGAAGUAGUAUUGCCUAUCGGUGCAUCGCGCAACAUUAUCUUAUCGAAUGGUCCACAAAAAAUGUUCACACUAGAAAGUGAAUUAACAAAAUCGGUAGAAUAUGAUGAAAAAAUUGCUGAGAUUAACGACUUGGAAUUUGAGACACAAGAACCGAUGCAUGUAUUCAAUGUAAUGUGCCGCAAAAUUGGCAGAACCACGUUCACUUUCAAUAUACACAAUGCUCUGUUGCACUCAAAUUUCCAACCGUAUAUAUCCACUGUUAGUACUACCGUUUAUUGUGUUAAACCUCGUUUCCUCAAUCUUUAUGCAACAGAGCAACUGCGUACUUCUUGUCCAAUGGAGGUGAAAAAUUCUCUGCUGCACAUUAAAGAACGCGAUGAUAAAUUUGAAAUAGAAAUUGAGGUACAAGAUUCAAAGAAUAGGAAAUUGAUGAAUAUCACUUCGCUGUUUAUUGAUUGGGAAUUUGCCGCUGGUGAUGAGCGCUACCAAAAUGAUGCCAUUAUGCAUUAUCGCCGUACCGAAGAAGAGCUAUAUAUGGGAGUUCGGCUACCUGCACGUGAUGUGCUCAUCACCACCAUAGCGGAUGUGGCACAGAACUUCCGCAUUAAAGGUGUGGUGACGCGCUAUGAUGCGACAGUGUUGAGAAAACACAAUAUUUACCCGGAAGAACCCAAUUUUGGUGUGAAGAAUCCCAAAACCAGCGAAGUAUACACUCCUGUUAUUGAGAAUGAAAUUCGUUUCAUGGCUGUGAACAGCACACUUUUCCCCAGUGAUCAUGUCAGCAUUUUUAUGGCCAAAAAUCGCCGCGAGCGCAUACCUAUUUCACAAGGCAGUGGCUUCUAUGAAUUCGAAUUAUAUGAACAGAAUGUUGUGAACGUGGAAUAUGAUGCAAAAGAAAAGGAGUUGGUAAUAACUCCGCUGCGUGUAGGUCAUGCACGUCUGGAGGUCAUCGAUCGUUGUUUAAUGACGGAGCCGGCUCAUCUUUCAAUUUCUGUUGUUACAAUCGGCUCCAUUCGUGUCGAAGCACCCGAUCGUGUUGAACGCACAAAAUCCAUAGAAGCUAUCGUUAAGUUGUAUGAUUCCAAUGACAAUUUAUUAAAAAUAGACCCAUUCAAUUUACAUGUCUACGAAUUGUCUGAAGAGAUUUUCAAUGGAGAUAUACUAAGCGUGACUUUAGGCGAACAAUUCGAUUUGGAAAAGGGCGAAGUGAAAUACAUUGUAACCGGCAAUAAUCUUGGUGAGACGAAAAUUGUUUUUACGGCCGGAAGUGGCGAUUUGCUGGUUGCCAGUGAACCUGUAAAUGUGCAGGUAUUUCCACCACUACGUCUCUAUCCUCGGAAUUCCACACUAGUUGUUGGCUCCAUCGUACAAAUUUACUAUCAUGGUGGCCCACAACCGGAUCUGAACAUUGUCUAUUAUGUGCAUGACAGAAAAGUUAUUUCCAUGGAGUCAGCUAUUGUUACUGCACAUAAGCUCGGUACAACGAAAAUCACCGGUAAAUGUAUUAUGACAAAUCCCGGAAAUGGCAAAGAAGUGGUCAUAUCCGCUGACACAGUAGAAGUGCAUGUUGUACCUUUUGUGAAUAUACAAGUGAAGACACCGUUAGUGCGCAUACGUAGCGGUGCAGUGAUGCCGGCAGCUAUAUGGGGUGUGCCUGAUCUCUCGCCUAUGGUGUUGGGCACGUUGGAGAACAUGCGUGUGACUUGGACAACAAAUCAACCGGAUGUGGUAGACAUCUAUAAUGUAUUUGCGGAUUCUGGUGUCGAAUAUGAAAGUUCGAAUCUCAUAUCAGUGCGUGUAAAGGCUGUUAAUCCCGGCAAGGCCAAAAUUCAAGCUACUGUUGAAUUGCCGACAGGUCAAAAAAUAACAAGUUCAGUUGAAGUUGUGGUAUUCAAAAUAUUGGAGCUUGAGUCUCCCAAACACAUUAAAAUGGAUUGGAUUCUAGUAGCCCCACGUAGCACUAUACAAUUAAAAGCAAAUUCAGAUGAUGUUGUCUACCAACUGGAUAGCGAUAGUAAUGGCAUUGUUAAGGUUUCCACCGACGGUGUUGUGCGUACGCAGGAUACGCUAGGACGCGACCUGAUUAUUGCGAAAACUUUCGAGCAAACCCUACCAGUCGGCAUUGAAGUGAAAAAUAUACAAUAUAUUUUGGCUUCCUUGGCAUAUCCCACUUCGCGAUUGAAGCAAAGCGAAUCAAAUAUACCACGUGGAAUGAAUUUUGUGCUGAAAAUUUCCUUACACGACAACUUGGGCAAUGAAUUCUCGCAUAAUAUUGACGAUGUAAAUGGACUGAAGUACGAUUUGUCGCGCAAGGAUAUCGUGGAUAUACAAUUAGGCAACAAUUUGACCAUUGGGAUAAAUUUGCUACGGGAAACAAACAACAUGAUUGCUAUCAGCUUAAGGGACACGACUGGAGUUAAACAUGCUGAGGAUUACAUCAAGCUGUCAGUAGUAGAUUCGAAGAACACGUUCCCAACUAAGACAAUUUUCUCUGUGGGCGACAUCAUUUGCUUCGAGUCACCGCUAACAUUGUCGUCAGUGUGGAGCAGCUCGGACGACCAAAUUAUAGCAAUUGACAAAUUUACGGGAGUUGCGCGUGUACUGGGCAAUCGCUUGAAAUUGGGCGAAAAAAUCGUAGUUACCAACGGCGAUAAAGCAAGUGGCAGUGCCAUAAAAUACGAUGUCGAAGUUCGUGAUACGGAUGUGAUUCAAUUAUUGAAAUCUUUCGAUAUAUUUAGCGGUUCAAUGUAUCGAGGACAUUUGGUUGUGCGCAAUCAUUUACAAGUGGAUAAGUUUACCAACUUGUUUGCCAGAAAUAUUUCGAAAUGUUCAAGUGCCCUUGAACGCAUACCCACAGUGAAACCAUUCACGUGCCGUCUAACAUCGAAGCAAUCUUUGGGCCAACAACUGCUCGAACAUUAUGUGGUAACACCCAUUUUUGAGGCCGACACCGGACGCUAUGCGUGUCAGAUUGAAUUGUCGUCGAAUUUCAAUGAAGUACUUAGCAUUGUGAAGACUAAUGAUGUCCACUUCGAUUUGGAGGCACAACUGCCAAAUGGUUUAUCGGAUGUUAUGUCAUUGAAAUUUGUUCCCGGUGUGCGCGUAACACCGCAAACGUUGCAAGCAACUGAAUUGAAAGAACAAGAUUUAACAAUCACUGGGCUGGACAAGGUGCUACAGAAGGUGGAGGUGAAAGCAUCCGAUACGAAAUAUUUGCAAGUCACACAACAAGUAAAAGCGCACGGAUCCUUGCAAUACAAGGUAAAGAUACUGCACGAACUGCCAACGGAUGAGCAAUUAUUUAUCCAUGUGCAUGCACCAACAACACUACAAGACAUUGAGAUACCCAUUCUUGGCGCCAAUACUUUGCUGCAAACUUGCUCCACACAACCGUUCAGCAAUUCAUCAUCGUUUUUCGUGAAAGUUAUAUCGAAUGUUGGGCUCAUAGUCACGGCGCUGGUCGUGUUGGGAUUCACUGUUUGGCUGUACGUCUUCCUGAGUCCACAACAGAGCAAAACGGAAAUCAACGCUGACGUGUUCUCCACUUCUAUUAAAAACAAGUCGCGCACCACCAGCACACCGACAACACCAACAUCACAAGGAGGCAGUCCAGGCAAUCUAAUCUAUCCCAAUCUGUCACCUUAUUACAGUCAGCGCAAGAGUCCCAUUAGUCCAAGUACUUUAUCGUCUGGAAUUGAUACACAAGUUUAUGGCGAUUCGAUAUUGAUGUCACCACAGCAGCGUGUAAAUCGUCGUUAUUUGUAAUUGUCGUUAUUUAUAGGCUACUAGCAUAUAAUUUAUUUGAAAUAUUUUUAGUGUUGUCGCGCAUUCAUUUCAUUUAAUUUUACUUUAGAAUUCUUUUUUUAAUUUUAUAACUUAUUUGACAUUAACUUAACAUUUAAUAGGCAUAUUACUUGCAUGCAGGUCAUAUAUAUUUUUUAGUAGAACAAUUUGUUUUCUCACAUUUGCUUUAUUCGAGUAGAUCAUGUAGUAAUUUGCAGAAAAUCGG